GACGAGCGCUCAUAUUGCAUUUAGUAUUUAUUUAUGUAUCGGUGGAGCGCAGGUUCUAUCGGUGGCGGCGCCGCGGGCGGUGCGGCCCGGGUGCGCGGCCGGGGGGGAGGGCAUACUUACUACGUGAUUAAUCCGCGCCCCCCGCGCCGCUGGGCGCUCCGUACUCGCGCCGGGUUUCCUCGUCCCCGCGCCUCACGGCCACUCACUACGCACGGGGCUCCGCGUAGUGCCGCCGCCAGUCGCAGCGCGACCCGCGCCGACGUCGCACUCCGUUUUGUUGCUUCGUCGUCAGAUCGACCCAUGAUAUCAUUCAUGCUAAUCUCCGCCCGUUGAUUUUCCUGCCGAGUGACCGCAGUGAAACCGGCGCGCUAUACCGCGAGUGCCGAAUGUUCGUGGACGUUACGCCCGUGUACUUUUCCAUCGGAAUCCGAGCGUGCUAAACCAGUUCGGAGUGACGGACGGCGCCUUCCCUCGGAUGAGAUCUCCGACCGGCGAACGUUGCUGUGACCCGCGGCCUGCGAUGCUGCGCCCGUGACCGUCUUGCGACAGUGCCACGAAACCCCGUCCGAUGAUCUCAGCGAGUCUCCCCAGCGAGGCGCUGGCCCAGCUGGGGCAGCUCGGGCAGCUGAACCUGUACCCGCCGCCGCAGGCCGGCAUGACGCCCGAGUUCCUGGCGCCGCCGCCGCGGCCGUACGCGCGGUACGCGCCGCGCCGGCCGCGCGACGCCAUGCCCGCGCCGCCCGCGCCCUCCGCGCCCUUCCCCUCCGUGCCCGGCGCCUACGCGCCCUUCCUGCCGCACCCCGCGUCCUACGCCUCCUACCUGUACCGCACGCGGGCGCCGCCGCAGCCGCCGUCCAACUACCCGCUGCGCCCGCGCGCCACCUCCGGCUUCGUGCCGCCCGCGCCCGCGCCGCACUCGCCGCCCGUCUCCGCGCCUGCGCCUCUACCACCACCCAGAGAGGAGGCUCCUACGUCACCAGAGCGAGGAGCGCCGGCGCCGUACUUCUGCCGCGGCGCGCUGAUCCGGCUGGAGGACGGGUCGCUGCGGCGCGUGGAGGAGAUGCGCACGGAGGACUUCGUGAUGAGCGCCGAGCGCAGCGGCGACCUCGCGCUCACGCAGUGCACGCUGCUGCGCCUCGACGAGCGCGGCGACCGCCUCGCGCUCACGCUCACCUACGACAGGAACCGCUCACAGGUGGAGCUGGAGUCGACGGUGGAGCACCCGUUCUUCGUGUACGGGCGCGGCUGGGCGUCGUGCAAGCCGGAGCGCACGCUGGCGCAGUACGGGCUGCGCGUGCAGCGGCUGCAGGUGGGCGACGUGUGCGUGUCGCUGGUGCCGCGCCGGCCCGCGCCGCCCGCGCCGCCGCAGACGCACCCCGAGAACCUCAGCGUCAAGGAGGACGCGCGCAAGCGCCGCUGGUCCGCCUCCGACGUCUGCGAGGACAAUCCCCCUCCUCUCAAGAAACGCUGAAACGUGGCCGACCCUCGUAUUCGUAUUUGGAGAACUGUCUUGAUCGUGUUGUGAUCGUUGCUACUCGUUUCUGACUCAGAUUCGUUGUUCUGUGUGCCGGACCUGCUGAAUUCUAAGUGGAACGCAUGGACAAGUGUUACGGAGGAUUGCUUCUUCGGGAGUGGAAUGUUGUAGAUAUAUAAAUUAACGGCCCCAGUGAGUUCGGUUGCAUGUCGCGGCAUGCACUAUUGUUAAAUGUUAUUUUGCGCGGUUUCUGCAGCGAUCGGCAGUCCAUAAUAGUACGCUUAUGAAAUUCUAUUGGGGAACUCUAGGUGCUUUUUACUGUCGGGUGCUUCUGUACGCGUUCGUGUACGAUGUUGUAAAUAUGUAUGUAACUUAGGUCGAAGUUGAACGUUACGCUCCAUGACUAACCUAACGUGUCACAAAGGGAAGGGACCCGGCGCUCCCGACGCCGCGCGUUCGUUCAUUCUCAUUCCUCUAUGGUACACGAAUAUUACAAUAUACGGCAUACAAAGUAAAUCGCUUUAGACAUACUUACACGACAAACUUUAAACAAUAUUAUAAUUUUAUAUUCCACAACCAUGGAGUUGAAACAUUUUUUAAAUAAUGAGCACAAAAAUAACAAAUGUGUAAGUUUGUACCAGAUCUUAAAGUAGGUUAGAUAUUGUGAUAACCAAUGAGAUUUUAUCGCCAGUCUUGAAGGACACGUGGCAAUGCAUAUAUAAACAAAACAAAGGUACAAUGAAUGUUAGAUAGUAGGUAGUAGUAAUGGGCUGACGUGUGCUUAAACCUCGACUGAUUUGUUUCUAUACGAGUAACUGGAAUGAUUAUGUUUGUUGGGACGCAGUCAUGUGAGAGCACUCUCGUCCGAUGGUUGUGACUGCAGACAUAUCCAUGACGAUGCCACUGUCGCCCGCGCUGCCGGGGACCGCUUCGCAGAACUCUACUGGCAAACUCUUCUGACAAAUAAUUUGAUCUAAUAUAAAUGUUGAUAAUUGAUAGGUAUAUAUUGUAAAAUAAAAAUGAAAUAUGUAUAAUGAUCAUGGUUAUAUAGAUGUCAUCUCUAUUGCUUUUGACGUCCAUGUGUGAUACACAUAAGUUUUCUAUGAGAAGAUGUAUACAUAAUAAACACACAGUCUGUGAUAUUUUGUAGUUAUUGGUCAGAGUAGGUAUGAAGUAUUGCUUGAAUAAAAGAAAUAUAUGUUUUAGACAAAUAAGUGCGUUAUUGGUAAGAAAAUGUAUAGUUGUUGUAUACUCAAAAGUAAAACGCUGAAAAACUAAAACUGAAAACAAAACAUAACAAGUAGCGUCUGUGAUUGAUAUACAUAUAUCGUUAUGUGACAUAACGACAAAUGCAUGGCCAUAUCAAAAUCAAAUUAAUUUUAUAUAAAUACUAAGUCAAGACACAUUAUUUUGGUGUUUGCUUGAAAUUCCAAAUCCAUAUAUAGUUUGCAUAAUAAGUGAAUCACGAACAAUAACGUGUCAGAUGUGAACGAGUCAUGGAUGGUCUACCGCGCUGACCGACAGUUAGGUUCGCAAGGGUUCGUUUCAUUGUACCGCAAGUGCUACGUGCUAUUAAUCAUUAUUGUGUUAAAAGAUAACCGACGACCAUAGAAUACGGACACCUCAUUGACGACGGAUGGUGUUGUACAAAAGUUAAUAAUUUGUUGUAUAAUGUAUGUAAUUCUAGUUUUAUCGUCUUUAUAUUAAUAUUUGUAAUUGUAAUGAAAGAUCUCAUUUUAUUAAUCGGUAUUUUCUAACAAGGCGCUUUCAUUAGAUCAUGACUAAGCCUACCUCACAAGCUAUAAGACUACGGGUCGCGGCGACGUCGCGAGGCGGCCAGCGCCGGUGACGUCACGCGCGACCCAGUGCGAGCUAUCAAGUCUAAACAAGAUCUCAAUUUGAUGAAAAUAAACUUUUGAAAAGACUGGGACGCUUUACUGAAUGUUGUGGGAUAGUAGUUUCUUUGAAGAUAUUACUUAAAUUAUGAGAUAGGAGCAUUUAUUUGUGGGCGCGAGCUCGUUCCGUCGGUUAACUAUGAAGCUCCGCUAUCAACGCUGGACAAUCAUUUAGUACAAAAUUUGUUACAAAAAGUAUUAUUUCCCAAAAUCCAAAUUCAGAAAGUAUUAAUUUAAUUUCAACAAAAAUGUGCUAUAUUAUUUUUGUGGACGUAAUUCAGGCACAAUCAUGAUUGAUAUUGUAGAGAAAAUUUUGUUAAGGAACACUUUGUUGUAAUGUUUGCCAAUCCAUUGUAUAAUAUUGGCACAAUCGAUGUUCUUCCGCGCCUCCUAGUAGAUUUAGUGAGUCAAUUAUACGUUAAAGUAUCGUUACGUGUAGGUACAUAUUCAGUCAGCACUUGUUACUUGAUUAUAUGCUACAUUAUAAGGUGUAUAAUAUUUACCAUCAACUUAUUAUGUGCAUCGAUGUUUGUUGUAAAAUGUAUUAAUUAGACAAUAUGCAAAUGUUGUUUGCAAUGCGUUUGAUUCCGUCAGAGAAAAUCGUUAUACGUAAACCAGAGGCUGACAUUUGUAGAAGGAGCGAUUGUUUACAAAAGUUAACUAUGCUUGUAUUCCAUUAUGCCUUCCAACGAACGUUUGUAUUUAUCGAAGUCGUUAAGUGAUACGAAAGAAAAUCGAAGAUCGAUAUCGAUGUUUGAACUUGCUUAAACACCACCAUCGAUCAAGUCAUAGAAUAUGCCUAAAGACUGACAUCAAUAGUAAUAUAGUUAACCAAAUUGUAAACAAUCGUUUCUUUUAUAAUGCCGCUUUCUUCCGUUUACUGACUUUUAUAAAUAUCUAAAUAUAACCCCCUGUUUCUUCCAAGACUUUAUUACGAAUGUUUGUGUGCGAGACGCGUCUCUAUUAAUGUGAUUGAUCGAUAUUUAGGUGUUACAAAUAUAGUGACAAUAGUUAAUAAUGUAUGAAGAGAUUCAUAAUAUUAUGUUGAUGUUGCCGACGCCCGGCGAGGCCAGUAAUGGUUCACAUAGACCGUAACGUAAUGUAAGUCGACAGUGCUCCUCACUAACGAACAUUACUUGACACAGAUGAUUGUGCCAUCCUUAACAGAUUUUCAAUAUUUUAGUAUUCUUAAUUGAUUAGCUGGUGUUAUAGUCCAAACACUUCGGAUACCCUAAACUAUACAAUAGUUUAUCCUAGCGUGGAAAGUUACACAAUUGGGAACAUAAAUAUAUCCGUGGAACUUCCAGAACCAAAUUUGUAUCAAGUAUUGUACACUUUCCAAUGAAAUAGCGUACUGUAGAGAACAGGAAAUGUUGUGUCAUUUAAAUUAAUAGAUAAAUAACUUUAAAAUUGUUAUUAUAUGACAGAUAUCACAAAAAAUAUAUAUAUGUAUAUUUUAUUGUAUAGCGGAAUGACUACUAUUCAGAUUUAUUGUAAAUGGAAAAAUGUUAUAGAUCGAAAUAUGUUAAAUAAGUUAACUGUUUGUAAAAAGAAGAGAAAAUAUGUAUAAUUGAAUAUUUGCUA